AGGUUCAAGUUGUGAAUAACCCCCCUAAAAAAAUCAACUUGUGUCAGCACAUGCUCUUUCCACAUGAUUUAUCCAUGCUGCACGGCACACACCUCGCUCCCACGUUCUCUCUUCUAUAGAUGUAACCAAAAUGAAUAAACAAAAAAACUUAUCACUCAAUAUAUUCACAUUUAGUUUCACACUUGCACAGCCAUUUCAAGACUCACGGAUAUUUGCAAGCAGAGAAGCUCCAAUCACAAGUCCUUCACCGGAGAAGCUUCAGUGAAAAUACAUUCUUAUUAAUAUUGAUUUCUUAUCCUUAGUCGUUGUGUUUCUACAGGAUAUUGAUGGCAACAAGAUCUGUUCAACUUGUCUGCUUACUUAUUUGCUCUCUGGCCAUCAUCAAAAUUGCAUCUGCAAAAGUAAAUGAAUCAUUUAAACAAGAGAAAGGCAUAGAUCAUGCAUACUUUGUUGAGAAAACAAUUGUUCAGAAUGCUUUGUCAAAAGGAGCAGUGUGCUUGGACGGAUCACCUCCAGCAUACCAUCUUGACCGAGGAUUUGGACAUGGAGUCAGAAACUGGAUUAUUCUACUCUCAAGGGAGGAGCGUGGUGCAGAAACAUCACAGACUGCCUGAACUGUUGGGUCCAGCCCACAUUUUAAGCUGCAGAAGUUGAAAGGUCAAGGUUGGUAGGCAUAUUUUGCCUAUAAAAUGAGAGCUUCGGCUCUCAUUCUUUUAUCACAAUCUCAGAGGAAAAUAUAUCUGAGAGCUAGAAAGAAAGAGUGAGUUUUCACAGACAGGGUAUAAGAAAAUAGUCUGUGAAGAAAAUAGAGAGUGUGAGCAAUAUUGUAGUGAGGUAAAAUAUCAAAA